AUGCCGUCGCUCUGUGGUGGCUCAAAGACUGUUCAGCGCAAGCUGGUUCUUGUCGGCGAUGGUGCAUGCGGAAAGACCUCACUGCUGAAUGUCUUCACAAGAGGCUACUUCCCGACAGUUUACGAACCAACCGUCUUUGAGAACUAUGUACAUGACAUUUUUGUCGACAACGUACACAUUGAGCUUUCCCUCUGGGACACGGCCGGACAAGAAGAAUUCGACCGAUUACGCAGUCUUUCAUACGACAACACAGAUGUCGUGGUGCUCUGCUUCAGCGUAGACAGCGAGUCCUCGCUAGAAAACGUCAAGGACAAGUGGGUUGGCGAGAUCCAAGAGAAUUGCCCGACGGCCAAGCUGGUGCUGGUGGCCCUGAAGUGCGAUUUGCGGGAGAACACAGACGAGGAGGACGCCCCGGCUAAUGGCCGUGAGAAGCGCCCCCCGAUCGACUACGACACCGGCCUCCGAUCCGCACGCGAAAUCAAGGCAAUGCGAUAUCUCGAAUGCUCUGCCAUGCGCAAUCGUGGAGUCAACGAGGCCUUCACCGAGGCAGCCAGAGUCGCGCUGACCAUGAAACCAGCCGGUGAACAGGACUCAAAGUGCGCCAUCAUGUAA